UACGUACACACCCCUUCUAUGUAAUGGCGGUACAAUAUUAUUAUAUAUAGAUACUGCGUACGACAUCUUUUCCUCCAAUCCUCGUCUCUUACUUAGAAAAUUAGGAUCAUAUCGGAGUUCAAGAUGGGACUCCUGCUCAGACCUCUGUUCUUCUCACUCUUCUUACUCUUCUCUUCCCUGCAAACAAACACCGCAGAAGAUUCCAACUCCACAAUUUCAGCUCGUAAAAUAACUGCAGGAGGAGGAGGGUGCAAUAUCUUCAGAGGAAAAUGGGUGUACGAUGCAUCUUACCCUCUCUAUGAUUUCUCAACCUGUCCAUUCUUAGACGAUGAAUUCAAUUGCCAGAAGUACAGAAGACCCGACACCCAAUACCUCAAAUACAGAUGGCAGCCUUUCUCCUGUAAUCUGCCCAGGUUUAAUGGGUUGGCGUUCUUGGAGAAGUUCAGGGGGAAGAAGAUCAUGUUUGUGGGGGACUCACUGAGUUUGAACAUGUGGGAAUCGCUGGGUUGCUUGAUUCAUUCAUGGGUGCCUAAGGCCAGGACAAGCAUGAUAAAAGAAGACGGGCUAGGAGAAAUAGUUUUCCUGGACUAUGAUGUUCGAUUACUGCUGUAUCGCACGCAAUAUUUGGUGGACAUGGUGAAGGAGAAUGGUGCAAUAGUUCUGAAACUGGACUCCAUACAAAACGGCAACGCCUGGAGAGGAAUGGAUGUCCUGGUUUUCAAUUCUUGGCAUUGGUGGACACAUACCAAAAGCUCUCAACCGUGGGAUUACAUGCAAGAAGGAGGAAAAUCGUUCAAAGACAUGAACCGUUUGAUUGCUUACUACAAAGGGAUGACCACUUGGGCACGAUGGGUUAACCUCAACGUUGACCCAUCCAAAACCAAAGUCUACUUCCAAGGAAUCUCCCCCGUCCAUUACGAGGGCAGGGAAUGGGGUGAGCCAUCAAAAUCGUGUAAAGGGGAGAGCCAGCCAUUCUUUGGGGUGAGGUAUCCGGGGGGGACGCCGGCGGCGGCGGUGGUGAUGAACAAGGUGCUAAGCAGAAUGAAGAAGCCAGUUUCCUUGCUGGACAUCACCACACUAUCACAGUACAGAAAGGAUGGGCAUCCCACUUAUUACAGCGACCACAACACCAUGGAUUGCAGCCAUUGGUGCCUCCCUGGCUUGCCAGACACUUGGAACCUUCUCCUUUACACUUCCCUCUUCAAUUAAUUAAUCAAUACAUAUAUAGGACGUACAUUUAUAUAGACCCACCGCCACAAAAUGGUAGGUAGGUCGUUAAGAUUCUUUGUUCAAGCUAAGGAAGUGGAAUUGUUGGAUUGGCGAAUAACGGAGAUCACACUGCAAUUGUAAAGCCACAGGUCCACAUUAAUUGUUUCCGAUCCCGGCAUGAGAGGUUGCCUGGGUUCAUGAAUUUCUUUCUCUUGAUUUAUUAUGUAGAUUUCACACUAAUUAUUGCAAAUUGUGAAGGUUUUGAGGUUGUUUGUUGGGUAAUAUAAGUUCUAUUUUGAGUUUAA